CAUGAGGGUCUUAUGCCCAAAUGGUAAUGAUUGGUGCAUGCUGACCUGCUUCUUCCUGACCUUCCUAAGUCCAAACCUAAUUCCAGAGCUUGUUUGAUCGAUAGCUCAAUCGGCAUUCGCCCUGCUCCUGAAGGCCCGCGGCAGACGUCCCGUCGAUCAUAAUGAACUGUGCGGAUAAUUAAAGCAGUGCGAUGUUUUUUUCUAGACAAUGGCAACUGCGAUUUAUGUGGAUCCAGCUAUCCAGCGACUCUUAAAUGACAAGCUUUAUGACAAGAGGAAACAGGGUGCCUUAGAGCUCGAAAGAGUGAUUCGAGAAGCCGUCGCAAAGGGAGAUCAUGUUAGAAUUAGAGGAAUAAUCGAUCAGCUAUGCCGCGACUAUGCCUACGCCGUUCAUCAGCCUCACGCGAGAAAUGGGGGGUUGAUAGGGUUAGCUGCAGCGGCUAUUGCGUUGGGAUCAGAGGAAGUUGCACCCUACCUUACGUCUAUCGUUCCUCCAGUUCUCGCCUGUUUUACCUGCCAGGAUGCUCGCGUCAGAUACUACGCCUGCGAGAGCAUGUACAACAUUGCGAAAGUGGCGAAGGGAGAGAUAUUACUAUAUUUCAAUGAUAUAUUUGAUGCUUUAUGCAAACUGGCUUCGGAUUCAGAGUUAUCUGUGAAGAACGGUGCUGAGCUUCUGGAUCGCCUAGUCAAAGACAUUGUAGCUGAUUCCGCUGCUUCCUACGUUUCGGUGCUGGAGCCAUCUCCCAAGGAUGAGGAUGAGAACGAGGAGCUCUUGGAACCUCCAACAGCGUUCUCGCUGGCAAGAUUCAUUCCUCUCCUCAGAGAACGAAUCCAUGUCAACAGUCCAUUCACACGCAACUUUUUGGUUUCUUGGCUAACCUUGCUUGAUACAAUACCUGAUUUGGAGCUUGUUACCUAUCUGCCAGCGUUUUUGGCAGGCUUGUUUAAAUUCCUUAACGAUCCUAAUGGGGAUGUUCACACUGCCACCCAGGGGCUACUUGAACGGUUUCUUGGGGAAAUUAAGAAGAUCGCUCGAAUUAAAAAGGGGAUCGCCGAGAGUCGACGUGAUCGAGAUACCGGCCAGUCAAAAGAUUCGAUGUCAAGUGACAGCAUGAGUGUGAGUUCUGAACGGAGCGAUAUAAAUGAGCCGAGUGAAAAUGCGAUUGCGGAUUCAGAGUCCGGGACAGUGAAUGAUGAUCAGACUAUCAAUGUCUAUGGUGACUGGGUUCCUGGACAAGACAUUCAUGUCGACCAUCCCAAAAUCCUGGAGAUUUUAGUUGGGUUUGUUGACACUGCUUUUGGUAUACACGAGGAGAUUCAGUUGACGGCACUACGCUGGAUUGAUAGCUUUUUCGAAAUAAGUCCCGAAGACAUCCUCCAAUUUGUUCCGCGGCUACUUUCACAAGUCCUACCUGCACUGUCAAGCGGAUCAGAACAAGUAUGCCAGGCUGCAAGCCGUGUGAACAACUCUCUUAUGCAGUACAUUGUCUCUUUACCGGAGGAACCCACUAAUGAUAGUCGAUUAACGCCGCCUCCUCGAACUUCAACAACGAACUCUAAGGACUCAAAUGAACGUAGAGGAUCAAAUCCCAUGGGGAAACCUCCGAGUUCCACACCAGGACAAAGACCCUCGCGUCCUCAGUCAGCGGAGAUAACCCCACAAAGUACCGAACAGCAGGCCCAACCCCAGCCAGCAGCAGAUCUCGAUUAUGCAGCAGCAGUGAAUGCGUUAACCCUCCAAUUUCUCAACGAGAACGAAGCGACCAGGGUGGCCGCCCUUACAUGGCUGAUAAUGUUGCACAGGAAGGCUCCUCGAAAGGUUCUAGCAUUCCAUGAUGGAACGUUCCCAGCAUUACUCAAAACCCUCUCGGACCCUGCUGAGGCUGUGGUGACGCGUGACCUUCAGCUCCUCUCCCAAAUUUCAAGGAAUAGCGAAGAUAGCUAUUUUACCUCUUUCAUGGUGAAUUUAUUGCAGCUCUUUUCUACAGAUCGAAAGCUUCUCGAAGUUCGCGGCAACCUUAUCAUCAGGCAACUUUGUAUGAAUCUUAGCCCCGAGCGCAUCUAUAGGACUCUUGCAGAUUGUCUAGAAAAGGAAGAAGACAUUGAAUUCGCCAGCAUUAUGGUCCAGAAUCUAAAUAACAACCUCAUUACAGCACCUGAACUGGCAGAUCUCAGAAAACGAUUAAGAAAUCUGGAAAGCAAGGAGGGGCAAACGCUUUUCAUGGCUUUAUUCAGGUCAUGGUGCCACAAUGCCGUGUCAACGUUCUCGCUCUGCUUAUUAGCCCAGGCUUACGAGCAAGCUUACCACCUUCUUCAAAUCUUCGCUGAAUUGGAGAUGACAGUCAACAUGCUUAUCCAAAUCGACAAGCUUGUUCAACUUCUAGAGUCACCAGUCUUCACAUACCUUAGACUUCAACUUCUCGAGCCCGAAAAGUAUCCAUACCUUUACAAAUGCCUCUACGGGGUGCUUAUGCUUUUGCCACAAAGCUCGGCCUUUGCCGCUUUGAAAAACCGCCUCAAUAGUGUGAGCAAUAUUGGUUUGUUCCAUACUGUUCCCAGGACUCCUGGAAUUGGCGGUUCUUCUACAUCGUUAAGCUACGAACGACCCACGGGCAGACUCAAACGAGAAGAAAGUGUAAUCCGGUGGGUCGAUCUAUUGGAUAAAUUCAAGAUAGUGCAAGAAAGAUCGAGACGAUCACGGGGAUUGGGCCAGCGAGAAUUUGAGUCAGAAAAAUACCCUUCCUCUAUGGCUGUGGGAUUGGCUUCUGCCGCUCUGGCCGAUUCAAACAGUGGAAGGGAGAAGAAUGAGGCGUCCGGUGGCGGAGCUGGUGCUCGUUCCGGUGAAACGGGUGCGCCGCAGAAAGGGACUGGACAUAAGGCAAGAUCAUCGCUGGGGAAUUUUGGUCGGCUGAGUAGUAUCGGGCAGAGGAAGCUGAAGAAGUGA